CUGUGACACAUCAUCAUUUAUUCAGUGACCCGCCUAAUCUAACCUGUCUCUUUCCAUAGAAAUACCGAAAACCUACGGAUUGCAAGGGCUUCUGUGUUUUUCCUGCACUUCGUUCCUUUUAUUAAGGCAAAAAUGUUAUCAAGGACGCAAGCUUUUACGGUCGUAAGGGCCGCGGCCAGGAUGCAAGUAUUGGCCGCCAAGCGGCGUGAAGCCCAGCGCAAGGACGAGCUAGACGAGGAAGACCAACAGCCAGAGACGGAAGCGUUGCUGGACCCAGAACGGCCACAGCCGUACUUGCCGGGACGUCCACGUGAGUCUCAGGAUGGAGCCAGCACAGCGGGCCGCUCGUCCCGCACGCUCAGCGUUCGGCCACCCCCGGGAUGGUGGCGCAGCGACUUGGUUGCUUUAAAGGAAAUCCUCAGCAAUUGGAUAAACCUGCUAUUGUUGGUGGUACCGCUGGGCAUCGUUGCUGGGGCGCUGAAGUGGAGUGAAGCGUACGUCUUCUCACUUAACUUCCUGGCUCUCAUCCCGCUGGCGCUGGUUCUGGGCGAUGUGACGGAGGACCUGGCGUUGAGAUACGGCUCCGUCAUUGGGGGCCUCAUCAACGCUACCUUUGGCAACAUCGUUGAGAUCAUCCUGUCCAUCGCGGCGCUGCUCAACGGGCUGUACGGCGUGGUGGCGGCCUCGCUGCUGGGCUCCAUCCUGUCCAACCUGCUGCUCGUGACGGGCUGCAGCUUCUUCUUCGGCGGCAUCUUCAAUAAGACGCAGAAGUACAAUGCCAACGGCAACCAGGCGGCCAGCUCCAUGCUGUUCCUGGCCGCGCUGGGCUUCCUGAUCCCCACGGGCGCCUCGCUGCUGUUCGGCGGCGGGCGCGACGGUAACGCCCAGGAGGUGGUGCUGGGCAUCAGCAGGGGCACGGCGGUGGUGCUGCUCAUCUGUUACGCAUGCUACCUGGGAUUCCAGCUCUACACCCACACCGACUUGUUCGAGGAGGUCAGCGAGCGCCCCGUGUCGGGUGCCGUUGAGGGUGCGGGUGCGGGCGCUCAGGAGGAGGAGGAGGAGGAGGAGCGGCAGGAGCCCAUGCUGAGCCUGGUGACGUCGCUGGGGCUGCUGACCCUGAUCACGGUGCUGGUGGCGGUGUGCUCGGAGUACCUGACGUCUUCCCUGGAGGAGUUUAGCAAGAGUUCCGGCCUGGGUGAGGCCUUCCUGGGCACCAUCGUGCUGCCCAUCGCGGGUAACGCCUGCGAGCACAUGACGGCGGUCAUCGUGGCAACCAAGAACAAGAUGGACUUGUCGAUGGGAGUGGCAGUGGGCUCCUCCAUCCAGGUGGCGCUCUUCGCGGUGCCGCUGGCAGUGGUGGUGGGCUGGAUGACCGGUCACCCCUUCACGCUGGACUUCGACCCCUUCUCGGCUCUGGCGCUCAUGCUAUCCGUGGCUCAGUCCAACUUUGUGACGGCGGGUGCCACCUCCCACUGGCUGCUGGGCAUUCAGCUCAUCGCGCUCUACGUCCUCAUUGCACUGGCGUACUUCUUCAAGUAAGGGGGCUAUUACCUACUAGCCUAAGAUAUGUAGCGACCCAGAACAGCAGCGCUGGAAGCGCGGGUCGUGGGUACUGUUACAGCGGUGCUAGGUUCAUGGGUUACAGAGGCGAGCAGCGAAAGGGUUUUGUUGGGAGCGUGCUUUAUCAAUGGCAUCUGGGUCGAGAGGGGUGAGAGGCUUAUGCGCAAGGCGAGCGGCAUGGAGGCGCAUGGGGAUUCGGUUUAUCCAGGUGUGGACAAGGAUAGGUGCGCAGAGGAGGCAUAAUGCUGAUGCACAGAAGAAGCAUUGCAGCAACAUUCUCGCUCGCCCGACGCCAAGAGGUGGGCGUUGCAUACGUCUUCAAGCCAUAAGGGACGCUCAACACGUCUCCAAGUCAUACUCAUGUGGCUCAUUCCGUAAUGCAUUGAGACCCUGCGUUCGCCCUUCGUGACGACGACGACAGCACGCAUCUGAGGUAUAGAUACAUGUAUAGUUACACUACGUGACAUGGGCGAUGACAAUCGGACUUCCUGCAUGGGCGGAUCUGUGACAAUCAUGGUUUAUGUUACGAGGGUGCACUGUGUGCCCGCAGCCUGUAGCGUGGGUCAUGUGGUGACUUGGCGACGAGUUAGCUUCGAAAUAUUGUUCCAGUGGGUUAAUAUACCUUACCGUUAGUAGUACUCACCUGGUUAGUGACUGCGCUGUGGCAACUGCUGUAGCGACUGCUGGCAAAUGGAAGGACAUGCAUGGAGACUGGAGGUUGCAUUGUGGGGUUUGACUCUGUAGGACUGCGGACUGUUUGAAUGUAGGAGGGCGACAUGGGCCGGUCCUCAGGCUGCUCACAUACGGCAGCGAAUACCCUUGCAUUGCGGGUAAUCACCGGCUGGGCAAGGAAGUUCACGUAUGGUAAGGAUGGAGGAUGAUCUUUUUACUGUGUUGUUACAUGGUGGGCCCCUCUAUGGGCGAAGACACUGAGCAAGGCCGGUUAUUGUUACGGGCUGGUAACACCCGGGUGUGGCUUGGCGACAGGACAGCAGUUAGUUAUUGAUGGUACAUAGCUGAGUGUACGUAUUAGUUAUGCAUUCAUCACCCGACGGGACGUGUGUUUGUGGCGUAAGUUCAUCUUUCUUCCCGGGUUGGUUUUGUUUAGGACGUAAAAACCAUAACACUGGAACACUCCACGCUGCGCUUUGGCAUGCAUUCGGUACGGUCAGGCGGCGUGAAUGACCGUUACAGUGGCUCCCUAAAGGGGAACACGGGUGACGUGUUGCGGGAUGGAGGCUGCGUUGCAUCUUCGGACGCGUUCCCUGUUAGCUAGAACGGCC